AAAGCUGCUGUGCACGUCAACCAUGAAUAAAACUAUUAUUAUAAUAUUGGCCGUUCUGGCUGUACUCGCCAUUGCUGACGCUAGAGCAACAUGCAAAGGCAGCAGUCACCAUUCCCGAUGCGAUGAUGACGAAAAGAAAAACAAAUGCGACGACUCGUCUUCUUCUUCCUCCUCCUCGUCAUCAUCAUCGUCAUCAUCCUCAUCUGAAGAAGAUGACAAGAGAUGCAAAAGCGGGCACGGCAAGAAGGAUGACUCUUCCUCUUCCUCAUCCUCAUCCUCAUCGUCUUCGUCUUCAUCGUCGUCUGAGGAAGACAGCAAGAACAACGAAGUGGAUUGCGAUGAUUCCAACGAAAAGUCGAGCCAUCACCACAAGAAAUCAAGGCACAUGAGGCGAUGCGGAAAGAACUAGUCGAAGAUAAUUUGAUGUCAAUUAUUAUCAGUAUAUCGCUGUUCUACAAUUAAAGUUAUGCACCUCGUCAUUCGUCCAGUUUUCAGUUCACACACAAUGAAAUAGUUUUUUA